AUGUCCUCGUCGGCGCCUUCAUUCCACAUCUUCUCCUCCCUCCGUUACGAUCCCUGGCUCCCGCAAUUCCUAUCCCACUGCGGCCAGGAAUCCGCCUACCCAAAUCCUCAGGACACGCCCUACUAUCUCCUCGCCUACCAUCGCGACCGACUAAUCAAUGCCGCACAAUGCUUCCAAUGGUCCUCCGCGUUGGAUUUUCUAGAAAAGCAUGAUCUGGCAGCUUUCAUCCGCUUUCUAGAUCCUUUCAUCCCGGAUAAGACAACGCAAUGGCGUCUCCGGAUCUUGCUGCACUGCAGCGGCGAGUGCAAGGUUGAGGCAUAUCCAACGGCGCCGAUUCCACCUUUACGGCUUCUGGUUCCGUCACCAGGUAUCCUGGACCAGCCAGCAGAAUCACAAUCGGGUCUCUGGCGCGUCUACAUUGAUUCACAACCGAUAGUUCCCUCGGUAUAUACAACUCACAAGACUACGGCCCGGGAUGACUACAACGCCGCGCGGCUAAGGGCAGGAAUACAAUCACCUGCCGAAAACGCAGAAGUGCUAGUCGUGAAUCCUCAAGGCGAGGUUAUGGAAGGAAGCAUCACUACGCCGUAUUUUCGGCGACGGCAUCAGCUGGGGACUAGCGGGGCCGGAGCUCCGAGUGAGCCCCAUUGGAUAACACCGCCAUUGUCGAGCGGCGGAAAUGCGGGGACGACGAGGCGGUAUGCCCUUGCGCAAGGGUUCUGCAUCGAAGGGGUAAUAAAGACCGCGGAGUUGGUGGAUGGGGAUGAGUGCUGGUUAAGUAACGGUGUGAGAGGGUUUAUGCGGGGCGUAGUCGUGCUGAAGCAUUGA